AGCCGAGCCGACCGCACGCGGCGGGAGCUCUGGGGUGGGUGACGCAGUCGCUGCAGACUCGCACUCGCAGAACACGAAAAAUUACUAGUAUUAGGACUAGUGGUGCUGGUGCUGGUGCUGGGGGCUCAUCGUCACUCGUCAGUAGCAGGAGCGGGGAGGAGGAGGCGGCGGGGAAGGGAAGGAGGCCGGGAGGGGGAGGCAGAUGCGGGAGGUCCCCCGACCAGAUGGACACGCCGGAUAGGCCCCGCGCCGCCGCCGCCGCCGGGUUCGAGGAUUCUCCUGUCUUCAAUUUCAUCAACAAUCUCUCGCCUAUACCACCGCCUAAACCUUUAGACACAGCACAUAAUGUGCAGCUAUUCAAGUCAUCAGAUUUGGCGCCUGUUUCUUCGAUCUUUGCCUCACCACAUGUUAAUCCAGCAAAGGAAACUAAAGUUUUGAUCAGGGAUGAAUCUGUUCAGCUUCCUCAAGAAUUGCACUCACCUAGCAGUGUCAGGACUCGAAUAUGUCCCUCAGGCUCUUUUAGAAUGAUCAGAUGCAAAGACAUUGUGUCAGAGAGUUGCAAUAUCACUUGUCAACUAAACGAGGCAUCUAUUGAUUCUUCAGAUCAUACAUCAAACUCUACAGGCCAAUUGAGUCAAUCCAUACAGGAUGCUGCUGGCAGUAUGGAAAGCAAUAAGGAUCAGUGCGGUGACGGUAAAACAGACCUUACCAUGUCCCAGGAGUGCACAGGACUAGAAGGUAUGAACCUUGAUGAGAGUGGCCUAGACAAAAUGGAUUCAUCACAUUCUGGGAUAGUUGUUCAUGAAAACCAGCUAUCUGAACAAAACAAUGAUGAACCUGCAGCAUAUAAUGGGGAUUACAUGAUUACACACCAAUCAAGUAGUGAUAUGCUGACUUUAGCUGUAACAUCUGGCACAGAAACACAACCAGUGGAUGAUACACAAAAGUCUGAUGAUCCCUACUCUUGUGAAUCCUUUUUGGAUGAUCAGCCAAGUGGAUAUUGCGCCCAAAAUUCUGUGCAUGAACCCCAUCUGUACUGGACUGGGGCAGUUGAAGGGGCUGCAGUAGCUUAUACUCCCCAAACACUCCCUGGUGCUUUGCAAAGUCAGUUGAUGCCAUGUAACAAGCUCAAUGAGCCAAAAGAUCACAUGCCUACUGAGCAAAAUGCCUUGCCACAGCAUUUACGUGGCAUGCGUAGGCGCAGCCUUUUCAACGAAAAGGCUGGGGUUAGUAAUAAAGGUGUAGACAAAGCUUCAGAUCAUCAUCCUGUAAAUUCAACUACCCCCAAAUGCAAAACUAUUUCUGGUGACAACUCAAAGCCUCUAAGAACCCCUCCAUGUGCAUUGCCUGGUAUUGGCUUGCACUUGAAUGCCCUUGCUGCAAUACCUAAAGAGAAACUAGAGAUUCAGUCUACUAUAAAUGAAUUGAGUAACUUGAUAGGCCCUUCUGGAUCUUCUCCAGCACCUUCUGAGCAAAUCAUUAUUAAUGAUGAUUUCAAUCAAACAACUGAUGUUGCAACUGCCGAAGCUUCUAGUCAGGGUAGUCCCAAGAAGAAAAGGCAGAAGUUUGAUAAUGGUGAUGGCACUUCAUGCAAGCGUUGUAGUUGUAAGAAGUCAAAAUGCCUGAAACUUUACUGUGAGUGUUUUGCCGCUGGAGUCUAUUGUUCUGAGCCUUGUUCGUGUAUCGGCUGUCUGAACAACCAGAGUCAUACAGAAACAGUUCUAUCUACACGUCAACAGAUUGAAUCUCGCAAUCCAUUAGCAUUUGCUCCUAAAGUAAUUCAUACAUCUGAGUCUGGUCUGGAAUUAGGGGACUUCUCUAAUAAAACUCCUGCUUCAGCUCGUCACAAAAGAGGAUGCAAUUGCAAGAAGUCGUCGUGUCUAAAAAAAUACUGUGAAUGUUUUCAGGGCGGUGUGGGAUGCUCCAUAAGUUGCAGAUGCGAGGGCUGUAAGAAUGCUUUUGGAAAACGGGAGGGGGCUGCUGUGCUAGGCAUAGAGGAACCUAAGCAGGGAUUGGAAAAAAAGAAUGUUUGUGUGAAAGAAGAAAAAAGUGAAAUCGAUAAACAGCUUGUCAUCUACCAAACUGCUGACACUGCUCCUGCUGAGAAUGUACUGACCACACCUUCCAUGGUGGAGUGCAGACCCUUGGCUUGUCUUCCACCCCCAAGCUCCAAGAAAAGCUCCAAAAAACCACGAUCUUCAACAAAACUCACUGGACAUCCUUCUCGGCUGUGCAACUUACAAGCUCCUCCAAAGACUGACAUUAUGCUCUCUCCAUUCGAAAACUACCCAGAAAUGGUACUUGGCGAUAGCACAUCAGAUAUCCUAAAUGGAAAUUCAUCUCCUCAAACUUCUGUUAAAGUCGUGUCACCAAACAAGAAGCGAAUCUCUCCCCCACGAAUGGGUACUCGGCUAUCUCCAAUCUGUACGAUUGGCAGGAAGCUGAUUCUCAAGUCCAUCCCUUCUUUCCCUUCCCUUGGUGGCGACGUAAACAAUGAGGAUCCCAAGGCCAAAUUGCCAGCGCCUUGAAUUUAUCAUCUUCUGCCCCUCGUGGCCCUUCCUGUUGGUUCACAAGAUCGCCCACCUGCCGAAUGCACCAGAAUUGUUUCUAUCAUACCAUCAGAUAGUGAUGGACUUCGUUUCACCAUUUCGAUUUCUCUUGGUCAACGAUUAUUUAUGUGAUGCUAUAAUAAUCCACUGUGUGAUGGCAGAAUUCUACCUCCCAAAAUCACCAGUGGCAUUUGGUUUGCUGGUAAAUUAUGUCUUAGCUCAAAGGACGUCGUCGUGUUUCCUGUGACUGUAUGUCUGUAUAAUUUAUGUUCAUUAUCUGGGAUCAAAAAACGUGGAAUUUGUAUGUACCUAAUGACAGAACUGUUAAGAUUUUAUUUAUGGAGGUUGAACCGCAAGACUUAUUUAUCUAA